AAAAGGCCGGGGAGAGCGGGCGAGGCCCAGAACCCGGCCCGGCCCCGCAGCAGCCCCGUCAGCCCGCCGCCCUCGCCGCCCUCGCCGCCCGUCGGUCCCCAGAGCCAUGGAGAGAGCCAGUCUGAUCCAGAAGGCCAAGCUGGCCGAGCAGGCGGAGCGCUACGAGGACAUGGCCGCCUUCAUGAAGGGCGCGGUGGAGAAGGGCGAGGAGCUGUCCUGCGAGGAGCGCAACCUGCUCUCGGUGGCCUACAAGAACGUGGUGGGCGGCCAGCGGGCGGCCUGGAGGGUCCUGUCGAGCAUCGAGCAGAAGAGCCAGGAGGAGGCGUCGGAGGAGAAGGGCCCCGAGGUGCAGGAGUACCGGGAGAAGGUGGAGGGCGAGCUCCGGGGCGUGUGCGACACGGUGCUGGGCCUGCUGGACUCGCACCUCAUCAAGGAGGCCGGGGAGGCCGAGAGCCGCGUCUUCUACCUGAAGAUGAAGGGCGACUACUACCGCUACCUGGCCGAGGUGGCCACCGGGGACGACAAGAAGCGCAUCAUCGACUCGGCCCGCUCGGCCUACCAGGAGGCCAUGGACAUCAGCAAGAAGGAGAUGCCGCCCACCAACCCCAUCCGCCUGGGCCUGGCCCUGAACUUUUCCGUCUUCCACUACGAGAUCGCCAACAGCCCCGAGGAGGCCAUCUCCCUGGCCAAGACCACGUUCGACGAGGCCAUGGCCGACCUGCACACCCUCAGCGAGGACUCCUACAAGGACAGCACCCUCAUCAUGCAGCUGCUGCGCGACAACCUCACUCUGUGGACAGCCGACAAUGCCGGGGAGGAGGGCGGCGAGGCUCCCGAGGAGCCCCAGAGCUGAGCCCGCCCGCCCGCGCCCGCCCGCCCGCCCGGCCCUGCCCUCCAGUCCCCAGCCUGCGAGAGGACUAGCACGGGCGGGACCCGGCCCUGCCCCGGCC